AUGGAAUUUUAUCUCGAGCUUGACCCCGUGACCUUGAACCUGGUCAUUCUGGUUGCUAGCUAUGUGAUCUUGCUUUUGGUUUUCCUGAUCUCUUGCGUGCUUUAUGACUGUCGAGGGAAAGAUCCCAGUAAGGAGUGUAUUCCGGAGAUUCCCAUGGAAACCCAGUCGGCAAUCCAGUUGAUGGUGGUGCAGCAUGGAUGCCCUGGUAUCCACUGGGCAAGAGGACUCGUCCCUGCUUACGAAACCGCAUCUGGUGCAGCCACGAAAAAGACAACAUCGGUAUAAAAAAGACCUUUCCUCUCUCCAGUAUUCUAACUUUGCGUGAUUCUCUCCUGUUUGCACAAGGAUAAGCGAGUCAGGGAUUGAGGCUGCUUUGGAGAAGGAAC